UGCUCCAAGGUUUGGGAUGAUUCCAACAGAAACUGAUCUGAAUGCGCUCCCUUUACUAUCAAGUAUUCCUGAAAGAGUGCUACCAGUUGCAGCCACACAGGCAAGAACAAAUGGAGAUUCAUCCUGGCAAGGUGCGCCUAUUACGUCUAGUCUUGCAAGGAAAGGGGAAGCACUUGCUGUAACUGGCUUAACUGAAUAUGGAGAUGAGAUAGAUGUGGUAGCCCCAGCUGAUAUUCUAAAACAACUUUUUAAGAUACCAUACUCCAAGGCUCGAGUCUCAAUUGCAGUUCACCGUGUUGGACAGACACUCGUCCUGAAUAGCGGUUAGGAUUCUAUUCAUAUUGUAGUUUUCUUUGUUCUGAAUGCUUUAGUUCUCAAAUGUUG